CGAACUCACUGACAUCAGCCUGCCUUUGCCUCCCAAGUGCUAGGAGUAAAGCGUGCACCACCACCCAGCAAGGGGCCACUUUUCAAAGAACUCUCUAUGACAGAGAGAAGCUAAAGAAAAUGUCAGGUGGAAAGAUGGCUCAGUGGGUAAAAACGCUUGCCACACAGCCUGACGCUCUGUGUUCGAUCCCACCCACCUUAGCGGUACUGUGCACCUGUACCAGCACUCCUACUGUAGGAGGCGGAGAUAGAAUCAGCUGAAGCUCCUGGUGGGCAAGCCUGGAGCGAGCAGUGCAGAGAGACUCUGCCUCGGCAGGUUGGUUGGAGACUGACCUCCACGCAUGCACCACACACAUUUGUGUAACCCAGGGUUUAUCAAGUCUACUUAGAACUGGAAUCUGAACUGUUUCAGGCUAUUCUGCCCCCACCUGUUCUGUGUGGUCACACCAAAAUGUACCACAAGGCUGUAGAGAUGGCUCAGCUGUUAAGAGCACUGGUUGCUCUUCAAGAGGACUCGGGUUUGUUCCCCAGCACUCACAUGUCGAGCCCAUCUGUUUAUAGCUUGCAGGUCCAGGGGACCUAACGUCCUUCCUGACUUCUGUAGAAUGCAUGUGGUGCACAGACAUACACAUAACUUCAAAAAAAUUUAAAAGAUACCCACAUAUAUGCAUAAUCUUUGAAAUGUGUUCAGUGUUCAGGUUGAGAACAUAUUUUAAAAGGAGAAAUAGUAAUCAAAUAGGCAUCGCAACCCAUUGGUUUCAGAAACAGUCUGCUUCCCUGUGGGCAUGGUUUCCCUUGGCCUCCAGCCUCUCACACUUGGUGCUGGAGGGUGACUGUCUCUGAAGCUAAUUUGAAAAGCAAAUGGACUGUGUUUGCCUUUUCCAAACCCUUGCUUUUUAAAAAGUUGUUUAAAAACGUUUUUUAAAAGUUGUUCCUUAAUGCCGUCUAAAUUUGUUCUACAGUGUUUCAGAGUUUUAGGUUAGGUUUCCGAGAAAUGGAAACGCCUUAAACUCCCUAGUUCCCUGACAUGGUGUAAAAUUAGGUCAAGGCUGGUGUCUUUUGGAAGCAAAGCUUCCUCCUGAAAGCCUGAUCUUGGCGAGGGUAGGCCCACAGGCGCUGGGGAAGCAGCUCCAGAGGUCCCCGGAUCACCUCUGCUUGACACCAGCACUUGGGGUCCCGCAAGGCGGCGGGAGGAGGCCCGCACUGGGGUCUCUACCCUGAGGACAAAGGGUGCAUCUGGGCUCUGUGCUGCAGCCUCUGCUGUUGAGGUUUGUCCCAGCCCGAUUGCUCACCACGUGGGCGCCACCUGGAGGCGGGGCAGGGGCACUCCGGGCAACUCCUCCCCUGCCGCCCAAUGGACAAUGGCUUUGCUUCGGGACCCGCGCUGAUUGGCCGCGUCGGACCCGCCCCUCCCUGGAUAUAAGCGCGAAGCUCGGAAAGACUCCAGUUGGUCUCAUAUUUGGCAAAGUCCUGAUCUUCCCGGCGCCAACAUGCAAAAGAACGCCUCCCCUAGCGGCUACCUGCCCAACUUCCAGCACUUUGCCACUCAGGCCAUUCACGUGGGACAGGAGCCCGAGCAGUGGAAUUCACGCGCCCUGGUGAUACCCAUCUCGCUGGCCACCACUUUCAAGCAGGACUCGCCAGGCCAGUCCUCGGGUUUUGUAUAUGGCCGCUCUGGAAAUCCCACAAGGAACUGCUUGGAAAAAGCAGUGGCCGCUCUGGACGGGGCAAAACACAGUUUGGCCUUUGCUUCAGGGCUAGCUGCCACCACUACGAUUACCCAUCUGUUAAAAGCUGGAGAUGAAGUCAUUUGCAUGGAUGAAGUGUAUGGAGGCACCAACAGGUACUUCAGGAGAGUGGCAUCUGAAUUUGGACUGAAGGUUUCUUUUGUGGAGUGUUCCAAUAACAAAUUGCUAGAGGCAGCAAUUACACCACGAACCAAGCUUGUUUGGAUUGAAACACCCACAAACCCAUCCUUGAAGUUGACUGACAUCGAAGCCUGUGCACAAAUCGUCCAUAAGCAUGGAGACAUCAUUUUGGUUGUAGAUAACACUUUCAUGUCUCCAUAUUUCCAGCGACCUUUGGCUCUGGGUGCUGAUAUUUGUAUGUGUUCUGCCACAAAAUACAUGAAUGGCCACAGUGAUGUUAUCAUGGGAUUAGUGUCUGUUAAUUCUGAUGACCUUAAUAAUCGGCUUCGUUUCCUGCAAAAUUCAAUUGGAGCGGUUCCUUCCCCUUUUGAUUGCUACCUCUGCUGCCGAGGCCUGAAGACUCUACAGGUCCGGAUGGAGAAACACUUCAAGAGUGGGAUGGCAGUGGCCCGUUUCUUGGAAUCGAAUCCCCGGGUAGAAAAGGUUAUUUAUCCUGGGCUACCCUCUCACCCUCAGCAUGAGCUGGCCAAGCGCCAGUGCACAGGCUGCCCGGGGAUGGUCAGUUUCUACAUCAAGGGUGCUCUGCGGCACGCCGAGGCUUUCCUCAAGAAUCUAAAGGUGUUUACUCUGGCUGAGAGUCUGGGAGGAUAUGAGAGUCUAGCCGAGCUCCCAGCAAUCAUGACCCAUGCAUCUGUGCCUGAGAAGGACAGAGCUACCCUUGGGAUCAGUGACACACUGAUCCGACUCUCUGUGGGCCUAGAGGAUGAAAAGGACCUUCUUGAAGACCUGGAUCAAGCUUUGAAGGCAGCGCACCCUUGAAGUUUGAGUUGAAGCUGGCAUUCCAGUGCUGCCGUCAGAAGCUGCAUCCAAGGGGUCAGAUCUUCUAAAUAACUGGACAGACCAUUAAGGAGCAUUUGCAGAAUUUCCCAGAGAACAUUUUAAGGCACCUAAUGACUUUUACAGCUAUAACCUUCUGGGGGUCUUCCCUGUUAAGGAUUGUCUUCUGUUUGUCUUCCCCUAACUGACAGGUUGGUUCUGUUAGUAUCAUUUUGGUAAUUUUGCUAUAUUUGUAUCCAAGGAAGUGAGAAUUGUACUGUUUGGGGGAUUAUGUUGUUGGACUUUUCUUUUUUCUGUAGCCUAAGAUGUAUUUUAAUCAUGUUUACAGUGUCAUAAUUUAGUAUUGAUGUUUUAUGAAGUUAAAUUAUUAAAUGAUCUUAAGUCAACCGUGAUUUUUUCCAUUUUGCUGAAAAUUAUUGAAAGUGAUGUUUUUUAUUUAAUUACCACAAGUCAAAAAUCAAAUAUUUGAAAUGCCUACUGUGAAGUUCUAGUGACUAAAGGUUGUCCUUGAUAUUUGUUAUUUUUCUUAAAUAAAUCUAAUUAUCAAAUGCA